ACAUCCCUGGUCUAGUGCAGGAACAGAAGACGAACUACGUGUUUCGAGCCCAUUUUCAAAUCUCGACGACGAGAUCGAACACAAGGAAUACUCUUGAAUCAGAAAGUAUUCAACACAAUUACGCAAAAUGGUGAAGGCGAUGAAAUACGUGAUAGUAAGUAAUUUCGAUUACCGAGAGCCGGCGGAUCUAAAGUUAUUGGCUCUAAAGUUAUUGGAAGAAGAGUUGCCGCCGUUGCAAGAUGGAGAAUAUCUUGUUGAAGCCGAAUGCUUUUCUGUCGUAUAUCCAUAUAUGACAUUUUCCGUGCAAAAUUUCCCACGCGGGACUACAAUGCUUGGUUAUCAGGUCGCUAAGAUUAUAGAAUCUAAGAACCCUGACUUUCCGGUUGGCAAAAAGAUAAUCGGAUCUCUGGGCUGGAGAACUCACACGAUUAUCGAUUCAAAAACCAAACAAUCGUAUCUUUUGCCAAACAUAGGUGACCUGCCGUCGUCUCUUGGUCUUGGCGUGCUAGGAAUACCUGGUAACACGGCAUAUUUCGGUUUGCUGGAGAUAUGUAAACCAAAGUCUGGCGAAACAAUCGUAAUCAGUGGAGCCGCAAGUCCGGUCGGCACACACGUGGGCCAGAUCGCCAAAAUUCUGGGCUUAAAUGUUAUCGGUAUAUGCAGCUCCGACGAGAAGUGCAAGUUUCUUACUGAGGAAAUGGGUUUCGAUUUUGCCAUUAAUUACAUGACCACGCCAAUCGAUAUCAAAUUGCGCAAAGUUGCUCCGCAAGGCGUGGAUUGCUACUUUGAUAUUACCGGUGGAAUUAUCUCUAGUAUGGUUAUGUACGAAAUGAAUACGUUCGGUCGGGUAGCCGUGUGUGGCAGCACCUCGACUUGUGCCAUGGACUCUUUGUCCUAUCUUAAAGGUAGAAUUCUGCAACCUACUAUAUUUUCAAACCAACUGAAGGUGGAGGGCUUUAGUGUCAAACGUUGGUUGGACCGAUGGAAUGAAGGAAUCAUGCAGAAUCUGCAAUGGAUACGCGAGGGCAAGCUUCGUUACCGUGAGACCGUAACUAAAGGCUUUGAGAACAUGUUUGAUGUCUUCAUCAGAGGUGUGCGUGGCGGGAUCAUCGGCACAGCGAUCGUCCAGGUGUAGAUAUGUCAACAGGUAUUUCUUCUUAUAAAUAUUCCUGCUCGUUUGCAAUUUCACAACUGCAUUUGCAAUGUUUUCUGUAUUUGUGAGAGAUU